GGGUCCGCCUAGUGCUUCAGUUUGGUGCUUAGACGCGGUGCGCGUGCUUCGAAACGCUGUGCAGCAGUUUCUGUUCGUUUCGUUGUUAUAUUCGUGCAAUUUUCGAUAAGUGGUCGUCAAACGUAACUAAAGAUUUAACUAAACGCCGAUUGCUCAAAUAGGUCAAAUAUAGUCAAAGCCCUCCGUGGCACCAAGUAAUAGCACAACGCACAACACGUCCGAAAAAAACCAACAAAAAACAUAAAAAUAUAUUGCACAUUUGAAAUUGGUAUCCUGGCAUAGAAACUAGUCCAUCCAGCCGAAUAUCGUAUAUUGUAUAUUCGAAUUGUAUUGUGCUGCAGCAGCCAGUGUUGCCCGCCAGUGCGCUGUGUUCAAAAUAAUUACAAAAAUUGUAAUAAACAACAAAAUAAUGCGGACCAUGUCGCAAAAGGGAUUAAAACACUUAAUCGGUCUUUUGGCCGUUAUUGCAAUACUUUCGGAUUUACCAGUGGCGCAGGCGGUUCGCGUUGGCAGCCCUCAACAGAAGCUGCGCAUUAAGGACAAACAGCCGGAUCAGACAUCAGCGGGAUCUUACUGGCAACAGCACGUGGCCACACCCAGCAGCUCGACGCCCUUCGAUUCGCCCUUCUAUUCGGCGACGCAUGGCCUCGUUCAGACGCACCCCUCUCUGACCGCAGGCGGGCCCCGCCCCGUCCCCCUCAGCAGCAACAGCUUGGGCAGCGGAGCGCCUCCAGCCUCUCCGGGUGUCGCCGCCAAUGGCAAACCUUCGCUCACCGCCGGCAGCGGCUACCUCAACUCACGCGGCACUCUGCCCACUUCCGCCAGGUAUCCGGCGAACAAGAUCAGCGGCACCGUUGUGGAACCCAAUCCCAAGUCGCCAUUCCGUCAUCUAGACUUCUCGACCAGCGCCACCGCCGAGCUGCGACGCAAUCCCGCUCUCUCCGCCCCCGAUGAGUGUGCUCGUGCCUGCCGAGAGGGUGAACCUCCUAGGAUCUGCUACUAUCACUUUACUCUGGAGUACUACACUGUGCUGGGAGCUGCCUGCCAGGUGUGCACGCCCAAUGCAACGAACACCGUUUGGAGUCACUGUCAGUGCGUGUUGGCCGAUGGUGUUGAACGCGGUAUUCUCACAGCCAACCGCAUGAUACCCGGUCCAAGUAUUCAGGUGUGCGAGAAUGACAAAGUGGUGAUCGAUGUGGAGAAUCACAUGGAGGGCAUGGAGGUGACCAUCCAUUGGCACGGCAUCUGGCAGCGUGGCUCGCAGUACUACGACGGUGUCCCCUUCGUCACACAGUGUCCCAUCCAGCAGGGCAACACCUUCCGCUACCAGUGGACGGGCAAUGCCGGCACCCACUUCUGGCAUGCUCACACCGGUUUGCAGAAGCUCGACGGUCUCUAUGGCAGCGUUGUGGUGCGUCAGCCGCCUUCUCGGGAUCCCAACUCGCAUCUGUAUGACUUCGAUUUGACCACGCACAUUAUGCUGAUCAGUGAUUGGUUGCACGAGGAUGCCGCUGAACGUUAUCCGGGUCGUCUGGCCGUCAACACCGGUCAGGAUCCCGAGUCCAUGUUGAUCAACGGCAAGGGACAGUUCCGUGAUCCCAACACCGGUUUCAUGACCAACACUCCUCUGGAGAUCUUCACUAUCACCCCGGGACGUCGCUAUCGUUUCCGCAUGAUCAACGCUUUUGCCUCGGUUUGUCCGGCUCAGGUGACCAUCGAGGGACACGGCAUGACUGUCAUUGCCACCGAUGGCGAACCCGUUCAUCCAGUUGAUGUCAAUACAAUCAUCUCCUUCUCAGGCGAACGUUACGACUUCAUCAUCACUGCCGAUCAACCCGUGGGAGCCUACUGGAUUCAGCUGCGUGGUCUUGGAGAGUGCGGUAUCCGUCGUGCCCAGCAGUUGGCCAUUCUCCGCUAUGCUCGUGGUCCUUAUCAGCCCGCUUCCGCGCCUCCCACCUACGAUGUCGGCAUUCCCCAGGGUGUGGUCAUGAACCCCUUGGACGCGCAAUGUAACCGUCAACGCAAUGAUGCCAUCUGCGUGAGUCAAUUGAAAAACGCCCUGGAGAUCGAUCGCGGCAUUCUUGCCGAGAAACCUGACGUCAAGAUCUUCCUGCCCUUCCGCUUCUUUGUCUACCGUGCCGAGGAUCUCUUCCAGCCCAACACCUACAACCGAUUCCUUGUGGCUCCCACGGGUGAUCAUGUCAUCUCACUGAUCGAUGAGAUCUCUUAUUUGUCGGCACCAGCACCGCUUACGUCGCAGUUCAACGAAAUCAAUCCGGAGCAAUUCUGUAACGGUGACAAUCGUCCCGCGGACUGCGGACCCAACUGCAUGUGCACCCAUAAGAUCGAUAUACCCCUCAAUGCGAUUGUCGAGGUCGUACUGGUUGAUGAGGUACAACAACCCAACCUGUCACAUCCAUUCCAUUUGCACGGCUAUGGCUUCAGUGUGAUUGGUAUUGGCCGCUCGCCGGAUUCCACCGUGAAGAAGAUUAACUUGAAGCAUGCUCUCGAUCUGGACAGACGCGGUUUGUUGCACAGACAGUAUAAUCUGCCGCCCACCAAGGACACCAUUGCUGUGCCCAACAAUGGUUACGUUGUGCUGCGCUUCCGAGCCGACAAUCCCGGCUUCUGGCUGUUCCAUUGUCAUUUCCUGUUCCACAUUGUGAUCGGCAUGAAUUUGAUAUUGCAAGUGGGCACCAAUGCGGAUCUGCCACCGGUGCCACCCGGUUUCCCCACCUGCGGCGAUCACACUCCCCCCCAUACCCAUAUUAAGUUAGACCCUUACAAACUCCUCGGCUCUAACUGCUUAAAACGAGAACAAGCAACAAAAAAGAAGAAUAACAAACAAAAAAAGAUACUUAACCCACUGGAUGCGAUCUGUGAUCGCAAGCGAACUGAUGCCAUUUGCGUUUCUAACUUGAAGAACGCCAAGAAGGUGGACAAGAGCGUUUUAGUGGAGCGCCCCGAUGUCAAGAUCUUUCUGCCCUUCAGGUUCUAUGUGUACGAGCCAAAGACCUUGUUCAUACCAAACACAUACAAUAGAUUUUUGGUUGUGCCUAGCGGUGACCAUUUGACUUCCCUCGUCGAUGAAAUCUCCUACAUCUCUCCACCGGCGCCGCCGCUCUCCCAGAUCGAUGACAUUCCCCCGGAGUACUUUUGCAACGGCGACAAUCGUCCGCCCAACUGCGGACCAAACUGCGAGUGCACACACAUGGUGGACAUACCUUUGGGUGCCAUAGUCGAGGUUGUGCUGGUGGAUGAAGUGCAGCAGGCGAACCUUAGCCAUCCGUUUCAUUUACAUGGUACGGCCUUCUAUGUGGUUGGGCUAGGACGUUCGCCGGACAAAUCGAUCAAGAAGAUCAAUCUGAAGCAUGCGCUGGAGCUGGAUCGCAUGGGCAUGUUAGAGCGCGACUUCUCAAAGCCACCACUCAAGGACACUAUUGCUGUGCCUAACAAUGGCUAUGUAGUGAUGCGCUUCCGUGCCGACAAUCCCGGCUAUUGGCUCUUCCACUGUCAUUUUCUAUUCCACAUUGUGAUUGGCAUGAAUCUGGUCUUUCACAUCGGCACACAAGCCGACUUGCCGCCGGUGCCGCCAAAGUUUCCCACCUGCGGUGAUCAUGUGCCGCCUGUAACCUGUAAACGAUGCGAAAUCCUGCCCAGAAACAGCUCGCAUUGGAAAGUCAAACCAGCAGCCCAGUUUAAUCCACUUCCUUUCAUAGUCGCCUCGGAUGCUGAUCACCUGAUAUCGUUGAUCGAUGAGGUCUCGUACAUAGCGCCGCCCUCGCCGCUGCUCUCCCAGUACAAGGACAUUCCCGAGGAGUAUUACUGCAAUGGGGACAACAGGCCGGCAGACUGCGGUGAAAAUUGUCAGUGCACUCACAAGAUCGAUAUACCCCUCAAUGCCAUUGUUGAGGUUGUGCUGGUCGAUGAGGUGCAGCAGAUCAACAUCAGUCAUCCCUUCCACUUACAUGGCACGUCCUUCUAUGUGCUUGGAUUGGGUCGAUCGCCAGACGAUAAUAUCAAGCGCAUGAAUUUGAAGCAUGCCCUUGACUUGGAUCAGCGCGGCAUGCUGGAACGACAGUACCUGAAGCCCUCGCUAAAGGAUACAGUUGCAGUUCCGAAUAAUGGAUAUGCCGUUUUGCGUUUCCGGGCCGAUAAUCCAGGAUUCUGGUUGUUCCACUGUCACUUUCAGUAUCACAUUGUGAUUGGCAUGAAUUUGGUCUUUCAAGUCGGCACGCUCAAGGACUUGCCGCCAGUGCCUGUCAAUUUCCCACGCUGUGGCAAUCAUCUGCCACCCAUAACUCCCAGCAGCUAUUGGUAGCCGAAUCGUAAUUCGUAAUCAUAACAUAAUACACAUAAUACUAGCAACUAAGUGGAUGAGUGGCCUUGGCGUUCUAGCUCUAAGGCCAGUAAUUUAUCGUUUAGGUUUCGAGUUCUUCCUAUUUUCAUUAAAUAAUAAACGCAUAACUAUGUAUAAAAUGUACAUAUAUAAAUAUGGCAUUGGCUGCAAUCUGAAAGCAAUUGAUAUACACAUACGAAUUAAAGAUUGUGACAGAUUAAUGAUCUUCUAUUAGCUGAACUUUCCUGUUUUAAAAUAUUGUCUAGCGAAACAAAAAAUAGUGAAUAAAAACGAAAGAUGCAUAAACAAUAUAUUGAUUCUCUGGUGACGAUGUGAUAAAUUUAGAUAAAUUAAUAAUACCAUCGUUCUCAUGAACUAAUUUAAUUCAAUUAAAAAACAUAAAUAACCUUGUUAAGUUAGAUUUAUACUGCUGCAUUAAUAAAAGCAAUAUUAUUAUCAUUUCAA